CGCGAUGCACGCUUUUGCGUGAAGCGUAACGUGCCCUCAAUAAUUUUAUAUAAUCAUACGUUUUUCAUUUAUAAAAGACUAAUUAGCAUAUGUGUUGUGUGCAGUACACCUCAGAACAGAUUUUUACGCUGGUAACGUAUACUUGUUCAUCAUUUUAAUCGCGUUAAAUUCUUUGGCACAUAUUUCUCCGUAUAAAGCAUACUACCUUGUGAAUUGUGUAUGAUACAUACUCAUAAAUCUUAAGACAAACUAUCAGCAUCUCGGUAAGAUGCUAACCAAAAGUGCCCGAAACGUCUCUAUGCAGGAAAGGUCGCUGCUGCAAGAAGCGACCGCCGACGCGUCUCCUGCCUGCCGGCUCAUGCGGCAAAAGCAAAUUUUGGUACGGAAUGUGCAUGUCGCGGGGCGGUCGGGGGGCAAAGGUGUACUUCACACACAAAGCCACGGUUGGCAUCAAAAGGCCUAUGAGCCUGUGUGAGUGUAAGACUUGAGAUUGUGCGCGAGUGCUACGUUGGUUUGUUUACUACAUUCCGUAGUAGAUAAAUAUGGGCCCGAGACGUUGAAGCAACAGCAUAACACCGUCGCAGGGGGAGUUGAACAACCUUGGUGUGUUUUGGGGACUAAACAAUGAGGGUGUCGUGCGUCUGCAGUGAGGGAUGAACGUCGUCAAUACCAGGAUUUCAUUCAGAUACGACAUGAUCGGAUGUCGGGCGGGACGCGCCUCGUCGUUCCUGCUGCCGCUGUUGUUGGUCCUGGGUUGUAUCGGCGGGAACGCUCAAGCCCUGCAGUCCUCCAGCUGCACCUUCAAUCCAAUGUGCCAGUGUUCAUCGGACCAACAUGAUCUACAUUCAAGAAUCAUUACGUCAAUCGUCUGCAUAUCAGUUCCAUUCUAUAAAAUGCCAAAUUUGCCCGAGGGCAGCAUCAGUCAACUAGAAGUCGUUGGCUCAAAGACGGCCGCCGUGGAGGCCGAGAGUUUGGCGGGCAGCCAAGUGCAUUCGCUGACGCUGUCCAACAAUCGUUUGCAACACGUGGCCGAAAGAGCCUUCAGCUCCAUGACGAAAACGCUAACUUCAUUAGACUUGAGCUACAAUCAACUCGAUGGUUUGCCCUUUCUUGCGCUGAAGGAAGUGAGAAACAUUCAAUGGCUGAACCUGCACGGGAACCAAAUCCAAUCGAUUGUGGGCGACUGGUCUCAUAUGAAGACAACGCUCUCCAAUCUUUUCCUCGGAGAGAAUGACAUCAGCGAAUUGCCACCCGAAGCCGGCAACGGCGGCGGUGGAGGCGAGCACCUAUCGAAAUCGCAUCACGGCCUCCGUCAAUUCAAGUCGCUCAUUUGGCUGAACGUCGACGGCAAUCGAAUAUCGAAGGUCCACAAGCAUUCGCUGCCCGCCAGCCUGCAGACCGUCAGUCUGUCGCAUAAUCUGAUCGAAAACUUCCCGGUUGAGAUCAUUGCCGGCUCGUCGCACUUGCAGUGGCUCUAUUUGCGCGGCAAUCACAUAAAAACGCUACCCGAUCACACCUUUGUACGAAAACUGUGGUUGGAGAAAAUUGAUUUGGGCGAGAACUACUUGAAAAGCCUGCCAAAACUGCCGUUCAACAACUCGAUUUACAUACGAGACUUGAAUUUGGCUUUCAAUGAUAUUAAAACGAUCGGCAGCGAAAGUUUCGCCGGAUUACAAUGCGGACGGAUAAUCUUUUCGCACAACCAGCUCGAGGGCGCCGAACGCGACGCAUUCGCUGGCAUCGAGAGCUCAUUAGAAUACUUAGAUCUCGACCACAAUAACUUCGUACAUGUACCGCACGCGCUAAGCCAUUUAAGGACUUUAAAAUACUUGUAUUUAUCCUCUAAUUCCCUUGCCGAAAUCCCCGAAACGGCAUUCGAGGGUUUCUGCGACAGCCUGCGAGCCGUCAGUUUUAGUGGCAAUCAUUUAACCCGUGUGCCGAUGGACGCGCUGCAGAACUGCUCGAAAAUAUCGCACUUCAACAUCGCCUACAACGAAAUUUACGAGAUUAACGAGUAUGAUUUUACAAACUGGGGCCAAAACAUUCGCAGCCUAAUACUUGGCAACAAUCACAUCACCAGUCUGAAGCCGCAAAUAUUUGCGGAACUCAAUCAAUUAAAAGAACUCAGCUUGAGUUUCAAUCCGCUGAGGCACAUUGAUGUAGAAGCCUUCUACGGGCUAGAAAAUCUCGAAAGUUUGGAGAUGUCGUUUGGCAUAGAUAUAGAUGAAUUACCUUAUGAAAUAUUCAGACCACUUAGCAAUCUGCAGUGGCUCUCGAUUGACAACAAUAACUUCUACUCCCUGCCGGAGGACGCCUUCGAUUAUCUGCCCGAACUCAAAUACAUCAAUCUUGAGUCGAAUAAGCUCAAUACGAUUCCUGAAAAGUUGUUCAAGUCUAAGAUACAUUCUAACUUGAAGGACGCGCGUUUUUCCAACAACGAAAUUUCCACGCUUCAUUCGAAUACGUUCAACGCACUUACGAGCUUGGAGACUAUCUUGCUGGCGACGAAUCGCAUUAAGGGCAUUCAGAAGAAUUGCUUUAACGACUUGCCCAAUUUGCAAAAAUUGAUUCUUGCAGAUAACCUGAUUUCACGAAUUAGCACUCACGCGUUCGCGAAUUUGCCAAAUUUGCAUAAACUCGAAUUAGAGAACAAUCUUCUCUCAGCGUUUUCGUUUAAGAUGUUCGCAAACAUUUCGACGCCGCUGCAUUUGAAUCUGAGUCGAAAUCAGAUAUCUACGUGCGAGGCUGAUAACAUGAUCCUGAACAUCGAAAUAUUGGAUUUGAAGUAUAACAACUUUGUCGCGAUCCCAAAGUGCUUAGAAAACGUGUCGCUGUUGCGAAAGCUGUAUAUUGACUACAACAUGAUAUCUGUGCUCGAACAGAACACGUUCAUGCACUUAACGUCGCUGGAAGAACUGGGGCUACAGCAGAACAACAUCCUCAACGUCAAUCGGCGAGCCUUUUUUGGCUUGCAAAACUUACAAACGCUUGAUAUGUCGAAGAACCUAAUCACCCAACUGCACAUUAAUCAAUUCUCUAACAUGCCGAAACUACGCAUACUAAAUUUGAGCAGCAACAACAUAAAUUACCUCCCAAAGGACUUAUUCAGCAAUACUAUCUUAGAAAUGCUAGAUUUGAGUUUCAACUCGUUUGCCGUCAUACCUAGUUUGAGUCUCUCCGAAGUUGGCACAACUCUACGCUACCUUUCUAUGCGCUCGAAUAACAUCGAGCACAUUGACAGCACUACCUUUCCGGCCAUGCCCUACCUACAGUUCCUUGAUCUUAGUACGAACAAACUAACCAUUCUUCCUGAUAACGUCUUCACUAGUCUUGGUAUGUUGCAAAAGCUGGAUUUGAGUGCAAAUCAAAUUCGGGCCAACUUUAAGGAAUUGUUUCACUACGCGCAAAGUCUGAAAGAACUUAAUCUUGCUAGCUCCGGAAUCAUUGCGACGCCUAGUCUCCCACUUCCGAACCUACUUUACCUCAAUCUGUCACGCAACAACAUCGAGAUCAUCAACAGGAACACAGUGCAAGACUUGGUAAAGCUGAAACAUCUCGACCUCAGUAACAACCAUGUCACGCAGAUUCCGGCACAUCUCUGGAUGCACCUGCCGUUGCUCAAAACUUUGGAUCUAUCCAACAACCCCAUUAAGGAAUUAAUAGCGGAUCAUUUUCAAGGGUUGAAAAACUUGCAAAACUUGAACAUCCAAGGAUUGAAGAAGUUGCAGAAAUUCGAGGCAAAGUCGCUGACACAAAUAAAGUUGCUGCACACAUUAGCGUUGCAGACGUGGCCGAAAAUAGAAAAUUUCAAGACGCAGCUGUGCUCGCUCCUAGCAAACUUGAAUCAAUUGCGGAUAUUAAAAUUGCAUAUCAACGAUCCAGUCUUGGACGAUCAACUUUUAUGCAUUUCGAAUAAGAAAAUAAGACAGCUUGAGAUAACAGGCAAGAUGCUCAAAAGCGUCGACAGAGAAGCUUUUCAGAAAUUCUCAAAAAAUCCAGAUUUAGUGCUUCGAAUUACGGGGACUGACAUCGAGGAGUUGCCUCCAGGAUUAUUUUCAAAUAUGUACAAAACCUCCUACCUGAACAUAGACCUCCGAAACAAUAUGCUUUCGUUUCUUAGUCCUGAAAUUUUCUAUGGCAAUGUAACCACGUGGAAAAACGUAGGAACGACUUUAAUUUCCGGAGGUUUAACUAUUUCGGAAAACCCAUUCAGAUGCGGUUGCCACUUGGCAUGGCUGGGCCAUUGGCUGAGAAGAUGGAUGCGCGAGAGUCUGCAAUCACAUAACGCCCCAGCCGAAACGUCGAUGCGGCUGAACGAUCUCGUCAGAGAAGCCACUUGCACUGAUUCUACGACGGGUGUUAAGCUGCCCAUCGUGCAGCUGCCACCCGAAGACAUGAGCUGCCAUGCCAGUGCAUUGAGCACUGCGCCAAAUUCAAACAAAACAUCUGUGAUCUUCUAUUUAAUGUGUUUUAUAAUAUUUAAUUUUAUCAAUCGUUAAUUGCCAUUUUAUUCAAUUUUACUUAAUAAUAAACAAAUCUUCCUAUCGUGCGUAGAUCACUAUAUAUAGUUUCAUCACCGUAGGUCAAUUCAUUUGAAAAGAACGCCAUUAGUAAGAGAAACUGUACAGUAUUGAAAAUCCCAUUUUGUUACGAAAUAUUUGUAUAAAAUAAUAAGAGAGAAAAAAAACGAAAAUAAAUAAUGGAUAUCUUGUAAAUAUAUAAAUUAAUAUAAAAUGUAAAUAAUAAUAAAAUGAUACAUAUCAUGACCGUUAGAGUUAGAGUAAUUUCUAUAUUUGAAUUGCUCAAUGAGUAACAUGAAAAGAUGUGAGUCAAUCAAAUGUGCACACAGAUUAUUUCUGAUUAAUCAUAGGUAAAUGAAUUUUUUGUAUAUUGAAAUAUAAUGCUGUUAAAACCAGUUUUUAAUAUAAGUAAACAGUCGUUUUUGUUUUUGACCAAUUAGA